AUGCAUCGACAAACAGUUUUGCUGGCUCUCGUCAGCCUUUUCCUCUUCUUCGUGCACGCCGCUGAGACACCCAUGGCCACAGACAUGGGACCGGCCGCCUUCCUCUGGCCUCCGGAUCGCGUCUGGGGAGCCGCACAAGACAACACUCCUCCCUGCGGAUCCUCAGCCGGCGUCACCAAUCGAACCGAAUUCCCCUUGACCAACGGCAAGGCGUCUUUAGUCCUACAAGACGAAUCCUACAACAUCAACCUGGCAAUUUCCUACCAAAACAAUCCAACCGAAAAUAAAGACUUCACAACCAUCGAAGACUUCCCCGACCUCGUCCCAGGACAUGAAUGUUACGACGUGCCAAACCCGCCCAAGGACAUCAUUUCGGGAGCGAAUGCCACUCUCCAGAUUUCCUACCUUUCCACCUUUGAUACGGAGAAAAAUGAGACCUUCUACGCCUGCGCGGACAUUACCUACGUCGAGCUGAGCGCAUUCAAGGGAUUUGUGUUCUGCCGUAACAUCACGGCGCCCGAAACGACAUCGACGAGUGCGAGCACCGCUUCCUCAACUGCGACGGCAUCAACCUCGACCUCGACCUCGACUUCUUUAUCUUCCUCCUCAAAGGGCUCAGGUCUCUCGGGUGGCCAGAUCGCUGGUAUUGUGAUCGGGUCUUUGGCGGGCGUGGUACUUGCUGCUGUUGGGGCUUUUAUUCUUUGGAGCAGACAUCAGAGACAGAUUCAAAGGGAUAAGGUUGUUGCUGUGAGGAUGAGUGAUUGGGGAAGUGAGCCUGGAAAACCUACUUCUGGGCAGUCGCGAACCGCCUGA